AUGUCAGGUAACGAUCCAAGACAACAACUGCCCUCCAUCAAAACAACUGGGUUAGAAGAAGCUGCCACUGGGGCCAUCUACCAAGUGAUUAAAGAAUUCAGUGCUAGACUAGAAGAUGAGCUGACUUUGACACUAGGUGAUAAGAUUGAAGUUAUUUCCGAUGAUAAAGAAUAUAAUGAUGGUUGGUAUAUGGGGAAAUCUUUAAAUAAUGGAUCUGUUGGACUUUAUCCUAAAUCUUUCACUCAGUUGGUUCCAAGUCUCUCAAGACCUUCAUUAUUAAGAUCAAGAUCAAGAAGAAUAGCUAGUCCAAAUUCAGCCAAUAUUAAUAAUCAAUCUCCUGUUUCUUUACCAAGUGCAAGUGCUUCAGCUACUCCAAUUCUUAAUAAAUCUCAACAUCAAUUCAUACCUGAAGAACAAGAACCAAUAGAUCAAUCUUUUGAAAUGACUCCAGAUAUUAAUAAAAAAGAUUCUGUAAAUGGUGCUAUAUCUGAUAUUGAUAAAGCACUGGAAGAAUUAAGAAAUGAAGCUACACCAAAUUCAAAUUCAAAUAAUAAAGAUAGACCAAGAUCUUAUAGUAUUCAAUCUGAAGAUUCUUUAAACCCAGAACAAGUUGAAUCUUGGACUCCAGAACAAGUUACUGCUUAUUUUGCUUAUUUAGGAUUUGAUGUUAAUUCUUCAGGUCAAUUUGCAAGACACAAAAUUACAGGGGCUAUUUUAUUAGAAUUAGAAUUAGCUUAUUUAAAAGAAUUAGAUAUCCUGUCAUUUGGUACAAGAUUUGAAAUGUUCAAAGAAAUUGAAGCAUUAAAAGAAUUGGCUCAUCAAAAAAAUUUAGAAGAAUCAAAUGGUCCUUAUAAUAAAUUAUUAGCUCCUGCUGAAUUACAUAGUUCAAAUAAAACAACAAAUAAUAGAGGAUUAGAUGAUGAUUUAGAUACUUUUACACGUCCAUUAGGUCAUGCAAGAAAAAAAUCACAAUCUUUAGAUGAUAUACCAGAAAUUUCAAGACGUUCAAAUCAAUUUCAAGAUCAUCAAAAAUUUUCACAACCACAACGUCAUUCUUUAAGACCAUUAUCAAUAAAUCCUCCAUCAUCUCAAGUACCACAAUUACCUCAAUCACCAAGUCAAUUUGCUUCACCAAGAAGAGCUCCAAAUCCUCCUUCAUAUCCAAGUCCAAUUCAAUUAAAAGAAGAUAAUUUCAAUCAAUUAAGUCCUUCUUUAAACAAGAGAAAUUCAUUUAUUGAUUCAACAAAUCAUUCAAGAAAACCUUCAUAUGAAGUAAAUACUGCUUUCCAACAACCUUAUUCACAUUCAAGAUCAAAUUCUAAUUUUAAAAGUCAAUCUGUUAGUGAUUUAUUAAGUACAACUCAUUUAGAUAAUGGACGUCCUGCUUCAAGUAUAUAUAUGGAUACUCAACAAAAUCAUUCAAGAAAAUCAAGUGCACAAUUUAAAAAAGGUCAUUUUAGAGGUAAUUCAGAUGCAAGUGUUGCAAUUAGUUCGAGAAACGGUAAUAAUGUUGAUCGUUCACAUCGUCGUCAUUCAUCAGUUUUUUCAUUUUUAUCAAAUGCUAAUUUUAAUAAUGGAGGUGGUAUUUCACCAACAAGAACUUCACCAACAAGAAAAUCUUCAGUGGUUUAUCAUGAUAGAAAUUCAAGUCCUACAAGAGAUGGCUUUAGAGAUUCUCAUGAUCCACAAAGAACUCCUCAAUUAAAUUCAUCAACCAACAAUACUCCAGUUUUACAAACUGCUCCAAAAUUACCAUCUAUUGAUACUUCAGUCAAUAAUUCAAAUGAUAAAAGAAGAUCAGUUUCUGCAAAAGAACCAUCAAAACCUGAAUCUCCAUUAAAAUCACCAGCUGGUAAAAGAUCAGUUUCUGAAGCUGUUAGAGCUAAAACUUUACGUAAUAUUUCUUCAUCAACUGCAUUAAAAUCUAAAAAUACUAAAAAAGAAACUUCAGCAUUUAUGGAAGGUAUAAGAAAUAUAAAUCCUGCUGAUUCUAUUAAAUCUGCAGAUUGUUUUGGUUGGAUGAGUAAAAGAGGUGGUAUUGCUGUUGGUACUUGGAAACAAAGAUAUUUUACAUUACAUGGUACAAGAUUAUCAUAUUUUACAUCAUUAAGUGAUUCAAGAGAACGUGGAUUAAUUGAUAUAACGUCUCAUAAAGUUUUACCUGCUAAAGAAGAUGAUAAAUUUGUUUCUUUAUAUGCUGCAAGUACAGGUCAUGGUAAAUUUUGUUUUAAAUUAGUUCCUCCAGCUCCAGGUUCAAGAAAAGGUUUAACAUUUACACAACCAAAAAUCCAUUAUUUUGCAGUUGAAAGUAAAGAAGAAAUGAGAACUUGGAUGGCUGCAUUAAUUAAAGCCACUAUUGAUAUUGAUGAAUCUGUUCCAAUUAUAAGUUCAUGUGCAACUCCAACAGUUUCAUUACAAAAAGCUCAAACUUUAUUAGUUCAAGCAAGAGAAAAUGCAAGAAGAAGAGAAGAUGCUUAUAGACAACAAAAUUUAGUUCAAAAUGAACCUCCAUUAUCUCAAUCAUCAUUACAACCUGCAACAAGAUUACCACCAAGUUCAAAUUCAAAUGAAAAUUCAGGUACAUCAUCAAUAUCACCAGAUUCCGGUUCAUUUGAUUCAAAUAUUCCAACUCAAUCACCAAAUACUACUGCAACAACAUCAGAGAUUACUCCUAUUUCUCAAAAUGGAGAAAAUGGAUUCUCAUCACCAUAUGUUAUUGCAUCUGGAUUUGUUUCACCAAAAUCUAAUCCAACUUCAGCAAAUCAUAGUCCAAUUGAUCAAGAAUUUAAAAGUAAACCUUAUAGUGCUAAUACAACUCGUCAACCAAGUCAAAGGAUUUCAUCAUCUGCAUCUGCAGCUGCAGCUGCAGCUAUUGCUCAUAAGAAUAGAAUAAGUGAUAAUUCAAAUAGAAUAUGA